AAUAAAUAAGUAGAUGAGGCGCUAAAAAGGUGCGGGCCUUCCAAAAUUUAGUAAUCUAGAAAUCCAAUCCCUCACAUUUUUCCUAGAUAUUCUCGGUCUCUACUCCCAAAUCCUAACCCUAACUCUUAGAAGCUUCUACUUUCCAUAAUUUCAAGCUUUCAUUUUCUCUGUAAUUCCAAAAUUGAGUUAUAAUUCUACUUGGGUAUGAGUAAUUGAAGUUAAUAGUUGAGAAAAUCUUCCAAACACCAAUCAAUAAAUCCCUCUUUUUCUUUCACUUCACUGGUAUUUUGACUCCAAUUCACUAGAAUUGUGGGUAACAUUCAACUUAUUUGAUAGAGUACUCUUCAUCUACUAGAUUUUACUUAUUCAACAGCUUCAUUUAACAGAGGUGCUUGGACAAAUUUAUCAACUAUACAAGAACUCUACAACGCUUCUAAUUAAGGCCAAUUUUUCAGAUGGGAAAAAGGAUCAAAUGUGAAUUUUAUGGAGCUGCAAAUUUGACUGAGUAUGAGAAAGAUAGGCUCAAGAGAUUAGCAUCUAAUAAACAAAGAAUUCUAGCAGUAGGUUUUACCACUUGUUUAGCAAGUAAGACUAUUUUUUAUCCAAAGGCUUACGAUUAUGAAAAAGCUGUUGAGGGUUGGAGUGAUCAAGAAGAGUCAGAUUAUGAACGUGAUGAAGAACAUAACAGUGAAGAGGAUCGAGUUGCUGUAAAAGAUUCAAAGAGAGGAAAAAGCGCAAGUUAGAAAGGAAAAAAGGUACACGUAGUCAAACUAUGGGUGAUUAUGUGAACCUAAGAUCAAGAGUAAAACAAGCCACAGUGGUACAAGAAAAAGAACGACAAGAAGUGGUACCAUUACUUGAAAGGAAUAAGAAAAUAAUUUAUACAUGUAAAUGUCCAAAAGAAAAACAGCCCAAGAAUCUUGUGAUGCAGAAAAAAGCUCAAAGAGUUCUUCCUGGAUCCAUGUCUUUGUACUCAAAGAUGCGACAAAAGCAGCAACAUGCUAAGAGCACUACAGGAGGUAUGGAAAUGCAUCAUAAUGAAGAAUAUUAUGAUGAGCAAGAAGAUGAACAAGGGAGUGAUGAUCAUGUUAAUAAUAUUAGGGCAUCACCAUUAAGGGCGUUCAGUUCUAAUACGAACAAGGUAGCAGAAGAUUUCCCAAUGCUGGCUAAUGAAAAUGAAUUCCAAAAAGAAACACAACAGUUAGUGACAACUACUACAAAAAAAGCUUCUACAAUCAAGAAAACAAGAGGGCCUACAGUAAUGGUUGAGGUGCAUAAUCGAAAAUUUGAAGGUCGCCCAGUAAUUGUGUUGAAUGAAUAUGGUCAACCAAUAGGAACUACUAAGGAGGUGUGUGGAGAGUUAAGUCGAUUUUUGGGCACUAUAGCUAGGGAUUCCAAGUUAGCACCACUAAACUACUGCGAUUGGACUAGUUUGCCCUCCAAGUUUAAAGAAAAAAUGUGGGAUUAUAUUUUGGAGAAGUAUAUGAUUCCUGGAGAUGGGCAAUAGUGGGUAAUGUCAUGCGUUAAAACUUAUGGCGUGUAUAUAAAGCAAGGGUGAAGAAGGAACACUACUAUAAAUAUGAAACUGAUGAAGAAAGGCUGAAUGAUCCUCCUGAAACCAUGUUUGAACAAUAGUUUAAGGAUCUCUUAAACUACUGGAACUUAGAGGAAAUUAAGGUAACUAACUGUUUUUAUGUUAUGGUGUUAAUAACUUAGUGUAUUAAUUUAAGAUUACAUUGUAAUCAUAUCUUUACAUAAAAACUUUUUUUAUUUUUUAUUUUUUUAUUACUACUUGUAAUAAUGUAUAGGAAGAAAGUAAUAAAAAUAGAUCGAAUCGCCUCAUGCACGAUGACCGUCACACUAUGGGUCCUGCUAAUUCAUUUGCAUUACUGCGUCAUGAAUUGGUAAUUGUCAUUUUGUUGAUAUUACUUGAAUUAUGAUUUUUUUUUGGUAUUUCAUUCAUAAAUUUCCAUUUAUAUAUGUUUAACUACUUCUACAUUUCCAAUAACAACAAAAAGACCCAAAUAAGCAAUCACCAUCUCAAGCUCAAGUUUAUAAAGAGUCUAGAAAGAGAACACCGGGAAAGCAGUACUUGACAAAAGCCGAUAAGCCUACAGAACAUAUUGCAAAAAAUGUCCAAGCCAAUGAAGGAAAUUAUUAAAUGAUGAAUAAUCAUUUUAUGCAUUAGAAUUUAACUGUUAGGUACUUAUUGUUAGUGAGUAAUGUAACCUUUUGGGAUAAGCGUGAAUGCACUAGCUAGAUUAUUUAUUUCUCGGUAGUAUUAACUUUGUAACUUUAUGGACUUUGUGAAGUUUAGGAAGUUGUAGGUUUAAGAUUAUGUAAACUAUAAAAUUUGAUUUUGUAAUCAAAUCUUUUGGAUGCUAAUAUAUUGUUCAUGAAUUUCAUACGUACGUAGUAUUUAUAACGAAAAAAUAAUGUUCAACAAGGGCGUUACAUUAGAAUUGUAUCUUGUUGCAUAUUG